CAAAUUUAAUUUUUUUUUUUUAUUUCUUCUUUUUUGGUUUCUCUCAGCCGAUCUCCAGCCAUUUUACUUAUUCUUUCAGUUUUGAAGGAGGAUUAGAAAUCAAGCAUCUAGAUCAUGAGCUUCAAAAAACGCAACACAGAUCAACAACCCAAACUACCUUCUGGUACACGACUCAGUGCUUACAACGGUCAAUUAUUAAUUUCUACCGGUGUUCCUUCGUUGGAUGAUAUACUAGGUGGCGGUCAACCCGUUGGCACUGUUAUGCUCAUCAAAGAAGAUCGUGCCACCACAUAUGCUCAGCUCUUACUGAAAUAUUUCCUAGCUCAGGGUAUCAGUUCAGGCCAUCACAUUGCUGUGUCUUCUCUUGAUGAAGAUCCGGAAGAAAUUCUCAAGACGUUAAUGUGGUUGUCCACAAGUGGUGCACAAGAAGAAGAGGAAGAUUUUUUUGAUAAACAGAGGAGUCAUAAAGAUAGUGAGAGAAUGAAAAUUGCGUGGCGUUAUUCACAUUUGAAGCGUUUUGAAACAGAAGUAAGAGCACAACCACCAUCACCUUCACCUGUCCACAACAGUAGCAGCAAUAACAAAAAAAUGAGUAGUCAAGAGGACGGUGACAAAAAAAAAGCUGAAGAACAAUUAGAGCGACCUUAUUGUAGUCAAUUCGAUUUAACUAAAAGGAUACCAGAAGAUGUAUUGGAUGAGGCCAAGCCUAGCAUUUUACGCUGGGAUGAUAACGAUAAUGACGACGAUAAAAUGGAUGAUGACUACCAAGCACUGAUUCAGAGUAUCAAAAAAGUGGUUUUAGAAAAGCAUUUCAGCUCUGCUGUGUCUGUUCCUGCUGGUACUGUCAGAAAUGCGUUAAGAAUUGGUAUUCAUUCGUUAGCAUCACCUUGUUGGAAAAGUAAAUCACCCUAUGAUCUGUUCAAGUUUUGUCAUGCAUUACGGGGUUUAUUACGAUUUUCAUUCGGUACAGCUAUGAUUACUGUGCCUGCUUAUCUCUACGAUGAAGCACCAAAUGUCAUGAAACGGAUCGAACAUAUGGUGGAUGCUGUCAUAGAGAUUGAGUCAUUUGCAGCUGAUCCCGUUCACAGUGAUGCUAUCUAUGUACAAAAUUAUCAUGGCUUUUUCCAUGUCCAUAAGGUGCCCGUGCUAAACUCUCUGCUACCUCCCGGUACUAAACUUUCCGUUCUUUCGGGAGGUGGAUCAAAUGAUUUGGGCUUCAAGUUGCGCCGUAAGCGAUUUACAAUCGAAACCUUCCAUUUACCUCCUGAUGGAGGAGUUGUUACAAGAAGAACUGAGCCGCCUUCUGAAGCUGCGUCUGAAGGAGCUGAUAAAGCUUCGUCGACCAAUGAUUCAGAUAACAAUAUAAAACCAUCAGCGACGUCAUCGUCGUUCAAGAAGAAAAAUACGAGUGACGGUAAAAAGGAGAGACAAGACGAAAAGAAAACUGGUAGCUUGUUUGCUUUGGCUCAAGGCAAUGGGCCCAAGAAAAUUAAUAGAGGAGCAGGUGUGGGAUGUGGCAGUAUGCCUGGUAGAAAUGAUCCCCUUGACUUUUAGUGUGUAAAUAAAUGUAUUGUCUCAAUCUGCAUCUUAAUAAACAAGAUUUAUCUUUCGUG